UAGAACUCCGAGCUCCCGGCGCGCGGGAGGUAUUGUCGUUCACUUCCAGGCUUUGUUACGUCGUCUCCUGCUCACCUGGCCGUGGGUGCGACCUGGCCGCUGUAACCCGGAGCGGGUGCCAGCCGCGGUCGCCAUGGUGUCCCCGUUCACUGUGGUGAAGAGUGAGGGACCCAAACUGGUGCCUUUCUUCAAGGCCACCUGUGUAUAUUUUGUGCUCUGGCUACCCUCAUCCAGCCCGUCGUGGGUCAGUGUCCUCAUCAAGUGCCUGCCUAUCUUCUGCCUCUGGCUCUUCCUUCUGGCCCAUGGCCUUGGAUUCCUGCUGGCCCACCCCAGCGCCAUCCUCAUCUUUGUGGGGCUCAUCUUCUCUGCCCUAGGUGAUGCCUUCCUCAUCUGGCAAGACCAGGGCUACUUUGUGCACGGUCUGCUGAUGUUUGCUGUGACUCACAUGCUCUACGCCUCAGCCUUUGGCAUGCGGCCACUGGCUCUCCGGACAGGCCUGGUGAUGGGAGUGCUGUCAGGUCUGUGCUAUGCCCUCCUCUAUCCAGGGCUUUCAGGUGCCUUCACCUACCUGGUGGGGGUCUAUGUGGCCCUUAUCAGCUUCAUGGGCUGGCGAGCUAUGGCAGGACUGCAGCUGGCUGGGGCAGCCUGGCGCUGGACUGAGCUGGCAGCAGGCAGUGGUGCACUGCUCUUUAUCAUCUCAGACAUGAUCCUUGCACUGAACAAGUUCUGCUUUCCUGUGCCAUACUCUCGGGUAGUCAUCAUGUCCACCUACUAUGCUGCUCAGAUGCUCAUCGCCCUGUCAGCUGUGGAGAGCCGGGAGCCAGUGGAAGACUAUAGACUGAACAAGGCCAACUGAGGGACCAGGAUCUGCUCACCUCCCUCUCCUAGGGCUGGGGUCCAGACCCUGGGGAACCUACAGGAGCUGGAUCAGGAUGGCUGCAGUGCCAGCCUGGGCAGUCGGUAUCACUUGGGAAUUGACAAGUUUGAAGGGGUAAGCAGGAGAAGGUUCUCCCUAGCAAAGCUAGAGGUUCAGGAUAGUGCCGAGUACUCAGAGAAGCAGCUUCCUUUCUGGAGCCAGAACAUCACCCCACCUCUACCCCAUCAGGACUGUCAAAGACCUCCUGAAGGGUAAUGGUGCUCAGCUUCUUGACCCGCCCCUUCCCCUACUAGGUGAAAGAGUCUGACUUCAUCUCUUAUGCCUAGAACAAGUGGCAAUGCUGGAUGAAUCCACUCCUAACUUUUCUGUUCUGUAUAGUCUAGGGAAAGAGGGGAGAAAUCUGUGUUGAGAUGACCCAGGACCGGGGCUUGAAGCCCUUUUAACAGGCCCAUAGUUGGGAAGAUUGGAUGAAGAUGGAAUCUCCCUUCCCCUUGUCUAUCCUUGUUACUUGAACAAUCUCAAUCUUUAAGUGUGACUAUGGAGGUGAAGGGUAGGCAGGAGAGGAAUUUCCUUGGUGUGGGAGCUUGUGGAUACCAAGGAUUGAUCCCAUCUCACUCACAGGCCAGCCCAGAGCUCAGGCCCCAUACCACCACCCUUAGUUCCUGUUCCCAGGGCUAAGGUAAAAACCAUGCCAAAGGAAAGGGCCAGGCUGUGUGUGUGUGUGUGUGUGUGUGUGUGUGUGCGUGUGUGUGGUGUAUAUGUGUAGUCUGUCUCCUAGCUAGUCUGUGUGUUUUUCUGCCAUAUGUCUCUGCCUGCUGUCUGUAAAAUCUCAUAGGGAGAGGGCCUCAGGGAGCCACCGAAGGGUGCUGAGCCUGGCACCUUUCCUCCCAACAUACCCACUCAGUGCUUUCCUCCCUGCCCCUCCUACACUGGGCUCCAAUGACAUUCUAGGGUCUUAAGACCGAAGGCACAUUCAGUGCAAGGGAAGGAAGGAUGAGGCAACUCCAUCCUCUACUGCCCAAAUGAAAAUAAAUAAAUAAAUAAAAAAUAAAUCAAGGGCCA